GUUCGCGACAGUUAUUUUGGAGAAACGAAUCAAGACAGAUGUGGGCUAUUCAGAAAGAAGAAAACAAUUGCUAUGCCAUCAAAAAUAAUGUCAGAAUGAGAUUUUCUGGGAGCAAAUAUGAAUGCCCCCAUUACAACGAGUGGAUAUCCCCAACAAGGACGAAUUACGGGCGAAACACAUCAACUGUGAUCCCCAGAAAGCAAUUAUUGUAAGUACUAAUUAAAAUAAAUCUCUCUUUAUAAAUCAAACCUAUAUAAAUUAAAAGUAUUUCCAUAACGUUGUUUUCGUGAUUAGGUCCCAUUAUGUACAUCAAGAUACGAUAAACCAAGUAACACCAAGUGCCGGGUCAAAUUUCUUCGUUGAAUGAAAACAAGUAUUUUUUAAUCAUUAUUUCAGUUUUAAUGACAAUCUAUAUGUAUGAUUCGGAUAUAAUGAAAAUAAUGUUAACGUACAUGUAGGAUAAAUAUACAGGAAUAACAUACCCCUAAGUCAGUUCGGUUACUCACCACAAUUUUCACCGUAUACUAUGCUUGUUCGAAGUAGGGGUUUUCCAAAAUACAGUUGUGUUCAAAAGAUGUAUUAUGAUUAAUGGUCUAUUUAAAUGUAAAACUUAUACGGUACCAAUUUUGAUGCACCAGAUGCGCAUUUCGACAAAUAAUGUCUCUUCAGUGAUGCUCAAGCGAAAUGUUUGAAAUCCGAAAUAACUAUGAAGUUUUAGAUCUAAAUAUAGCCAAAAACAGCGUGCCAAACAAGUGGAGCCAAAUUCGUCCAAGAAUAAGAGCUAUGCAUGAUGGAGAUAAUCCUUAAUUUUGAAAUGAAUUUCUAUAUUUUAUAACAGCAAUUAAAUAUACAUCCGUAUUUUCAAGCUAGUAACGAAGUACUUAGCUACUGUGCUGUAGAGACCCUCGGGGACUAACAGUUCACCAGCAGAGGCUUCGACCCAGGGGUCAUAAUGUAAAAGUUAUACGGUACCAAUUUUGAUGCACCAGAUGUGUAUUUCGACAAAUAAUGUCUCUUCAGUGAUGCUCAACCGAAAUGUUUGAAAUCCGAAAUAACUAUGAAGUUUUAGAUCUAAAUAUAGCCAAAAACAGCAUGCCAAACAAGUGGAGCCAAAUGAUGCUUUUUAAAAUGCAAAACUAUUUUUAGAUUCAUGAACAACCAAGUCAUUUACAACAAUGUAGAUGAAAGUUUUAAAAUUCAGAUUCUCUCUCUCUCUCUCUCUCUCUCUCUCUCUCUCUCUCUCUCUCUCUCUCUCUCUCUCUUUCUCUCUCUCUCUCUGUGUACUGUGUUUAUGAAUGUAUAAUGCCUCAUGUAUUUUUGGUCUUCAAGAAACGGUACAUUGUAAAUGAUAAUUAUGAAAGAUGUAUUUCCUCAAUCUAGGGAGUUAUGGGUUUGUAGAAGAAACUCAGAUGGACUCCGAAGAGACUCAAUAUGCAGAUGACCCUGGCAUCCUCGAAUCUGUAUGCCCUGAUACAUGCCCUACAGAGGAUUCGCAGGAGGUGAAUGAACCCCCUCUAAAGAGAGCCAGAGUUAAACCCCUACAGGCAUCUCUAUCCCGAAGACAAAUGACAUCGAGUGAUGCCCAAGAAAACAUUAUCAAAAGGUUAAGAGAAAAGAGCAUGCCGGGAGUACAUCAGAUACUACUGAGCAGAAUAGAGGGCCCAGUGACACCUUGCAGAUACACCAAUGCCAGUUUUGUGGAACAGAUUCAAAAUGGACAAACGGCAGCUUGCACCUCUUCCCAGCCCCUUGCUGUACACCUUAUUGGAGAACAUGUAAAUAAUGUUGAUAUCCAACAUUUAAAUGGAUAUUCCUACAAAUGUCUUGGGGGAAUCACCUAAGGUUAGCAGCUGUUGAAAACCAUGUGCUGUGCCCCAUAUGCCACAGUUUCUUGGUAUGCCUUCACACAUCUUUGUAAAUCUUUCAACUGAAGAGGAGAUUUUGUUGCCAAUAAUCACAAUAUCAUUG